CGAAGAAGAAGCAGAAGAACGACAGAGUCUUGCAUAAACGGCAUAAUAUGUUUUGUAAUGUUUUUUUUAUUACAGUUAGCAGUAGUUAGCUAAACAUACUCCGAGGCUGUAAACCGUGUAAACCGUCUACACAGUAACUACAUCGCAAAGAAAGGAUGGCUCAAGUGCCCAAAGUUAAGCUGGCAGGGGGCUUGGAGAUCUGCCGCAUCCUGAACGGCAUGUGGCAGGUAUCAGGUGCUCAUGGUCCGGUGGAUCAUCCCAAAGCAGUGCAGGCGAUGCAAGCCUAUAUUGAUGCUGGGCUAACAACUUUUGACAUGGCAGAUAUCUAUGGACCAGCGGAGGAGAUUUUUGGACACUUCAACAGCCAGCUGAAAUCGAAACCCAGCUAUGAUGCUGCACCAACCCUGCAGGGUUUGACCAAAUGGGUGCCACGACCUGGACCAAUGGACCGCAAGGUUGUGGAGAAGGCAUUGCAGCGUUCCAUGGCCCGUAUGCAGGUGGAUUCUCUGGACUGUGUGCAGUUCCACUGGUGGAACUACAGCGAUAAUAGAUACCUGCAUGCCCUGGGGCACCUGUCUGACCUGCAGCAGGAUGGACUCAUACGAGAGCUGGCCCUCACCAACUUUGACACUCAGAGGCUUGAGGAGAUCACAAACAAAGGGAUCAGAGUCUCCAGUAACCAGGUGCAGUACUCUCUGAUUGACCAGCGGCCCGCUGUUAAGAUGGAGGCGGUCUGCCUGUCUCACGGCAUCCAGCUCCUCACCUAUGGAACUCUGGCUGGUGGUCUACUCUCAGAGCGCUAUCUGGGGAAGGCAGAGCCUACAAGCAGGGUGGAGCUCAACACUGCCUCCCUCAGUAAAUACAAGAAGGUGAUUGAUGGCUGGGGAGGAUGGGGGCUGUUCCAGGAGCUGCUGGUUGUCUUGGACGGUGUUGCCCAGGGCCACAGCUGCUCCAUUGCCAACGUGGCUACCCGCUACAUUCUGGACCGGCCAGCAGUGGCUGGAGUCAUCGUGGGCUGUCGUCUCGGCGUUGCUGGGGCGGAACACAUCAAGGACAGCCUGCACAGCUGCAGCCCAGAGUUGGAGCUCACGGCGCAAGACCUGCGCACCAUAGACGGCGUGCUGCAGCGCUCGCGUGACCUCAUGAGCCUCAUCGGAGAUUGUGGAGACGAGUACAGGAACUAGAGGAGAAAAGAGAAGAUGGACCAGAGCAUCUGGGUUGGAGGGAAGUUGAGAUGGGGUACUGGAGGAAGAACAUGUAAAUGUGUGAAUAAAUGUGUGUAUAGAUGAUGGUGGGAAGUUAGAGGAUGGCAGGAGUAGAAGGAAAUGUGGUGGGAAGAGAAGGCCUGGGGGGGCUGAAACUGAAAAUGACAGAUGGGAGGGGCAUGAGGGGGAAUGACAGCCUGAACUAUGACAGGGCACACAGAUAUACAGCCUUUUACUUUUAUUUUUUUUAAAUAGUGUCAACGUGUGAUAAAUGUUACCCUGUACCCAUAUAAUUAAGAAUGUAAUGUAUAUAGCAUCAUUAUGUCUCUGUGUAUGGAAAGAGCUUUUAAGUAAAAUAAGAUAUUGACCUAAA